AUGAUUGUCUUUGAUGAAGUACACAAAGUUUUUGACAGGCAAAAAUGUUUUAGAGAAGCAUAUAACUCUCUUGAAAAUGUGAAAAAGCAGUUUCCUGGAAUACCUAUUAUGGCAUUGACAGCUACGCUAGGAAACGCAAGUAUCGAUAAGUUGUGCAAGGAUUAUCUAAAUUUACCAGUCCUGAUAAAAGGAAGCAUAAAUCACAACAAUAUUAAGCUAAAUAUCGGAAAUUACCAGGUGCAGAGAAAGAAAAAAAAGGCAAAUAACGACGAUGGCGUGAUUGGAACUUGGGAUUCAUUGUCAGAUAGCCUGAUCAGGCAUAUUGGAGACAGUUAUGCAAUUGUGUUUAUGGACUUUGCAAAUGAGGUAAAGGAUUUUUCUUUGUGUCUAAAAAAGAAAAGUGACAUAGAAAUUAUGUCUUUUUACGGUAAAGGGAUGAGAGAAACAGAAAAGGCAAAAGUAGUUCAAGAUUUCAACGAUCAAAAAUUUCAGGUACUUUGUGCAACUGAAUCAUAUGAAGUUGGCGUGCAUAAUCCACGUGUAGACUUCGUAGUACGUAUAGGAUGCAUGAGCAAUAUGAACGUUUUGUUGCAAGAAUUCGGCAGAGCAGGUAGAGGUGAAGAAAAUAUUGCAGUUGGUCUGUUACUUGUUAACAAGCACAAAGACGAUCAGCGACUGGGAUAUUGGUUAAAAGGAUGUGAUACAGCCGACAGAAAUAGAAUAACGAAUGACUAUAUGGCUUGUUGGAAAUGGAUAUAUUCAAUAUAUGUCGGCAAUUGCCUGCGCGAUGGCGUCUUAAAGUACUAUGAGGAAGACGUAAUAUGCCCUCUGGUGGAAGCAGAUGAUUGCUGUUCUUCAUGUGAGCUUGGUUUAGAGAAAGAUUUUGACAUUCAACAUGCCUUAAUUCUACUUUUCAAGACCAUUAACGAACUUGAGGAUGUACUGAUGAAAAAAAACCGAAGGAGUGUCAGCAACAAAGAUGAUAUCUUGGUUGCGAGGUGCAAAACAGGAUUGGUUGGCAUCUGA